AUGAGUUCAUUGUAUAACUAUGAUAUUGGUGAAAUCGAUAUUGGUAAGCUAACAGCUGCCAUUGGACUAGACCUAAGGUUCCAAGGAUUCAACGAAUGUUUCCCAAAGAUACUCAAAAGGAACCUCUGGAACACCAUCCAAUUCACCCGUAGACAUCAAUUACUCUCACAUCCAGCAUACCAAGAACGAUUGAUCCCACCUUUGGCGAGAACUGCAAUAUUUGAUAUGUUCACAAGGUCCAUCGCAGCUCAGAGAGUUGAGAUGAUCAUCGACUUCAAACAAUUGAUAUCGACUGCUGGUACAAAGUUUGAGAUACCCUUGCUCCAGGACAAGUCGGCAAGCUGGCCAUCUGACCUAAUGGACGUCGUCCUAAACUCAUACCGUCCGAGUGAUCUUGAGCCCAGACCCAUGAACAUCGAUCCGAUGUCCGACCCUUACGAGCUCUUCUACGACUUUGGUUACCUCCAAGACUUGCUACAUCUUCGUUGCUACCUCCGCAUCGAGCAUCUACGCAUGCUGCUCGAGAUACGACGCCUGGAGUUGGCUAAGCAUGGCAUGACCGAGGACCAGCACACUGCCCUUAGCAAACUUGGUGAGUGGACCUCCAACACUGCCAUCGCCUACCUCGACAUGGUUGUAUACUCGACAAUAUUGAAUCUUGGAGACAAGGUGUCACCUGUACCACAUCUCCUAGUACUGGAUACAUUGGUCAAGCUACAGAAUGACCUUGGCUGGAUGGUCACCACCUUUGUCCGUCCAGGAAUCAGUCUGAUUCCAGCAGGACAUGCUCUGGAACUACCGGUCAUCAUCAACGACCUGUGUGCAAUGGUGGAGAAACACUCCAUCGACAUUGUCAAGUCGUAUAACGAACACGAAGUGCACAUCCCACCCGGCUGUGCUCCAUCCGCUGUGGCCACCAUCCCAGCAGUAGUGCCAUCGCUUGCACCACCUCGCGCUCAUCUCAACAUGAUCCGUUGA